AUGGCGGGGAGCCUGAUUUAUCUCACCUUGACACAACCAGAUAUGUCAUUUGCAGUUGGCGUGUUAAGCCGGUUUAUGCAGAAUCCGGGAAAGCCUCAUAUUGGAGUUCCAAGCAGAGUAUUAAGGUACAUCAAAGCUAUCCUCAACUAUAGUCUUCAGUUCAUGAGGGAACCAUAUUGCAAAUUGAUAGCUUUUUGCAAUGCCGAUUAUGCUGGUGACUUGAACACAAGAAGUUCAACAGCUGGUUAUGUAUUCAUGCUUGGGUCCAACAUCAUAUCAUGGACUAAAAAGCAUCAACUUACUGUGUCUUUAUCCACAACGGAAGCAUAA